GUGCCGCUGGCGGGCUGAACUUUGCCGGCCUCAGGAGCGGCGUGCGGAGCUGCGGGCCGGGCACGGGGCGGGGACGGGGCCGGCAGCGGGGUCGCGGCCUGCGGGCCCGGUGCGCUGCGUUGUGUUGUGGGGGCAGAGGGGACCCGAGUGGUUUCUGAUUCCCGCGUCAGCCUCCGCAGCAAACAGAUCGUUCCUGGAAAAGAUGCUUUGUGUCAGUCUUACAGUGAGAUAACAAAACGAUUGUACCCGGUCGAAAUAGAUACUCUUAUUACUUUUUUCAAUAAAAUCGGUAUGAUUUCUGAGGACAAAAUGGUCAGUUUUGAAUAAAAAUGCUGUUGAGUAUGUAGGAUUUGAUUAUUAACAAGGCAGCAUGGAACAGUGCUGUUACUGGUUUGUGCAUGUGCUCUUCGAGUUUCAGGGUUAAAUGGUGGGGUCUGCCUGUGGGGAGAGUGUGCAAGUUUAGGACCUGAGCAUAAGGAAAUUGAAACUACUGGCACUAUUACCCACUCAGUCUCUUAAAUCUAUAUUACUGAUUAAUUAUGUGGCCUUAUUCACUUAGCUAUUGCUGAUUGCUAUUAAUAAACCCCAACACUUCAAAAAGGUAGGUUUUUCCAACUCCCUAAGUUAAUGGAAGAGGUAAGUGAGAGGUAGUGUUAAUGUUAACAUUUGUAAUAAGUUGAAGUGGUCUCAUGGUUUUGUAUUAGAGGCUUUAGUUUGCAAAAUUAAUUUUAUAAAAAUUUUACAUGUGCAACGCUCAUUCUGUUUUGUAAGAUGACUUGAUGGCAAGAUUGAGCUUGUCUAAUGUCUGCUCUGUCUCCACAGAGCUCCCUUGUGCAGCUGGACACGGUGUCUGUGCCACCUCCACAGAGCAGCUGAUCAUGCUGUGCUCUGGAGUGGCAAGAGCUCAGAAGACAUUUUCUGGCAUUUGAGUGCCCCUCCUGUUUGAUAGGGGGUGCUUCUUGCCGGAUAUCAGAGCAGGUCAGUGUGAUCGGCGGAUAAGGGGGCAGGAUGGCGGGCAAUAACCAGCUCUGCAUUCGACGCUGGACUACCAAGAACGUGGCCAAGUGGCUGAAGGAAGAAGGCUUCUGUGAAUACGUGGAUCUUUUGUGCAACAGACACAGGCUAGAUGGAAUUACCCUGCUGACACUUACCGAGUAUGACUUGCGAUCCCCUCCUCUGGAAAUCAAAAUCUUGGGGGAUAUCAAGAGGCUGAUGUUGUCCAUCCGCAAGCUGCAGAAGCAGCAUGUCGACGUCCUGGAAGAGCUGGGUUACACCAGUGAUGGCCACGCUGGCACAGUGUGCCCAGCUGGCUCACUACAGGGGGCAGAUUGGUUUUGUAAUGGUGAAGUACCUCGGGACUAUGAUGGACCAAUUACUGACUUGAAUGGUGAUCAGUAUCAAUAUGCAAAUGGAAAAAACAAACAUGCCACACGAAGACUGGACCCAGAGUACUGGAAGACAGUUUUAAGUUGUGUGUAUGUCUUCAUAGUGUUUGGCUUUACAUCAUUUGUCAUGGUGAUAGUACACGAGCGAGUGCCUGACAUGCAAACAUAUCCACCUCUGCCAGACAUAUUUCUAGAUAGCGUCCCUAGGAUACCAUGGGCUUUUGCUAUGACUGAAGUAUGUGGUGUAAUUCUUUGCUACAUUUGGCUCUUGGUUCUUCUGCUUCACAAACACAGAUCUAUACUGCUGCGCAGGCUGUGCAGCCUCAUGGGGACAGUGUUUCUAUUACGCUGCAUUACAAUGUUUGUUACCUCACUCUCGGUGCCAGGACAGCACUUGCAGUGUACUGGAAAGUUGUAUGGCAAUGUUUGGGCAAAACUCCAGCGGGCAUUUGCAAUAUGGAGUGGCUUUGGAAUGACUCUGACUGGAGUGCAUACAUGUGGAGAUUAUAUGUUCAGUGGUCACACUGUUGUCCUGACCAUGCUCAACUUCUUUGUCACAGAAUAUACACCAAGGAGCUGGAACUUCUUGCACACCUUGUCCUGGGUCCUGAAUCUCUUUGGAAUCUUCUUCAUUUUGGCUGCACAUGAACAUUAUUCUAUAGAUGUCUUCAUUGCCUUUUACAUCACAACAAGGCUCUUUUUGUAUUACCAUACAUUGGCUAAUACUAGAGCAUAUCAUCAGAGUAGGAGGGCAAGGAUAUGGUUUCCAAUGUUUUCUUUUUUUGAAUGCAAUGUUAAUGGUACUGUUCCCAAUGAAUAUUGCUGGCCCUUUUCAAAACCUACUAUACUAAAAAGAUUAAUUGGUUGAAGACUGUAUGGGUCAGUUCAGAUUUUUAUGAAGCAUUAUGGCUAAGAUCCUACAAAGCUAGCUACAAGGGGGAAGUCAAGUAACAUUUUUCACUCCAUGAUCUCCUCCUUGCCUUGUUUCUUGGAUUCUUAGCCAUAAAAUGGUCUUUCCUUACUUUACAGGGAAGUGUUUUGUUUUCUCCUUGUGAAAACAGAAAACAAUGCAGGGAUGAGUAAAGGCUAUCAGUGAAGCACGAAUAUAAACCAGAAUACUGUUACCCUUGGUAAGGUUCUGUGUGAAUGUUUAUGGAACGUUAACCUGAAAUAUGUAUUGUAUAUAACACACCCUUUACAGGUCCAGAUAAUCUUUGUUACCCGAGUGCCAGCCUUUAUAUCUACUGACAAAAAAAUUAAAACUUUAUAAAGCCUUUCUUUGAAAGCAGUCAUAAAUGUAAUUUUUAAAACAAACUCUGUAUAUUUAAAGAUUGAGGAGGUCUGUGUCAUAAUGAAGAAAACAGUAGAGUUCCAUGCUGAGAGGGUCUCUUAACUGUUAAAUUACAAGUCUUGACAGUAUAAAUUGUCUGCAUACAGGUUGCCAAAAAUGAAGGUUGGCCUUGUGGCUAUGUAGUGAUGAUAUUUUUUAAUGAGAACUUAUUUAGUCUAGUCUAUCAGUUGUCUGUAUGGUUGUUCUAGCACUUGAAAGUUUUCCCUUUUGCGUUUAAAUGAGUUACAUUAAGUGGAACAUCUACGGAAAGUAAACUUAGCUUUAGUGAGUUUAAAGCCACAAAGUAACUUUUGUGUGGUCUUAAUUGCUUUAUACCCAAACUCAUGCAUGCUUUUCAGGAGCAGUUCUUUAAUGUUGGAAAAACAGAACAGUUGUCUUCGUGUAUCUUACUGUCCUCUAAAUGGAUGGGGAAAAUGCAUGUAGUAACUCUUUCAGGGAUAGUAAUAAUAGUGAGUAUUGGCAAUAGUGCUCAUGUUGAUGUAUGUUUUAGCACUCUGGUGUCAACAAUAAGGUGAAUUUCUCUGGAGAUAUAUAUAUAUAUAUAUAUAUAUGCACAGUAUAUUUGGUUAUAUAUAUAAACACUAUAUGUUUUUCUAACAACUAUGAAAAGAGGCUAGUUCUUAAAUUAAGUUGCUCAUUUACUACCCUGAAAGAUACCAUAAAGAGUUGAGUUUUGCUUGUUGAAAAAAACCAAACAACAACCCACAACAAAGCAUCCCCCAAAAGCUCAAACCAACACUCUCAGUCCAUAAUGCAUGAGCAGGGUCACACAAGGGUUGGUGAUCUCUUAGGCAGUGGAUUGUAAAGGGACAAUACUAAAGUUGUCUGUAGAGCCUUGAAAUUAGAUUUGUGCCAAAUGAAAACUGAUAGGUACAACGUACAAAAUCAUAAAAAUGGCAUAGGCCUUUUAAUUUGAUUAUUGCAACUUCAGAUGUGCAAAUGUAGUGUAAGUCAGCUUUAGAAAGUUACACAAAAUAUUCCCAGCUUGGUACAAGUUGACUUAAUGGGCACUAUGUACUUGUGUGUGCAUAGAAAUGAAUCCACUUGGAAUUUAAAAGGUUUUGUGUUUGGGGGCUUGUAACGUACUGUAGGUUACUCCUUGCUGUAUUUUAUUCCUUUUAUUAACCUUGACUCUACUAACUUGACUACCUUACACUCUUCAUAGUAUAUUACCUUUGUAACUUAAUUUAGCUCCUAUUCCACAGAAGAAUUAUGCAUCUUGGAGUAUCUCUGCCAACUGUAAUGAGCACAUGUACACUGUACUAUUACAGAGAUUUUUAUAUUUGUAACAUUCCAAUUUUUUUAGCAUAAUUGCAGGUUUAAUACUAUAUUGUUCAAUCUACCAUAGCCUGAUGGCUUUUGCCAUCCAAAUUGGAGGAGUAUACUUACACUUAAAAAAAGGAGAAAAUAUUCUGAAAGAUUUAAAGACUUGCCAUUUGCUGCUCUUAACUUUCUGAUUUCAGAAAGGCAAUUUGAACAUUCCUCUUGAGACUUUAUAAUGAAAGAUCUCUGUUUGUUAACUUAUAUUUGCCUUUGCAAUGCACACAGUUAUGAAUGCUGUUUUUCUAAAUUCUAGGAAACAUCUGUUCUCAGGAUGUGCAGGAUUGUAAUCUGGCUUAUAUGGAGAGGUAUGCAAUUAAACUUGCAAAGCUGUUGACUCUGAAAAUGACCAUUUGAGUAGUAACUGGCAUAACUGCAUCUAAACUGAAAUACUAUUCUGCAACUUAGACAUGCAGGAGAAUUUUCAAGUACAGUCCAGUGUAACAAUGUUUACAGAAAGUAAAGCUAUCAUUUCAAUAUUUUUUUGUAGUGAAGUUCAUAUACAUUGAAACGUAAGGAUUCUUUGUUCUAAUUUAAUUUUCAAAUUCCAUUAAGUAAAUUGUAUUUUAAAUCA